AUGGAGAGUAGAAAUGACGACCUUAGCAUGGGCGCUGUUGUUCACGCUGUUUACCAGAUAGACCCCGAACGGAAGAGGAAAAUGCAAUUCCAAACCACUGUGGAUCCCACACACCCUUCCUAUUGGUUAUGUGCUUGCAUUUAUGCUUAUGGAUAUCGGGUCCGCAAAACAGCGAACGAAAGGACUGCCGACCCAGAUUACGAGCAAGGCCAGAACCGAGCAAACAGGCAACACAGGAAGAAAGCCGAGGCUCGGCUUCUGGUUCACGCCAAUCAGCAAGAUACACGGUGGCUCGAUGAUCCAUCUAAUCCAUCCAGACAAAUCCUAACCUUGGCACGGCGUGAGGAACAUAUGGGACCUUGGGGCGGUCCGAGGCGGGAAUACCGGGUGCAGGAUCUGAUCGCUCCGAAGUUGUUCAUCUCGACCUGUCUCGAGCGCUCUAAUUUCCACGUCUUAUUCCUUAUAGUCUAUCCCAUUCGCUUGGCUGCUGACACCGCCAAAGUGGUGAACGACAGGCCCAAGGAGUGCCAACAGAGUCUCAUCUCACGUGAAGAAUGCGUCCCGAUGUAUGUCAUUCGACGUAUUCGGGGAGAGGAAUGGGAUUGGGAGGAUUCCAUCAUUGGUCUCGCUACAACAACCUACCGCUCCAGUAGCAACUGCAUGGUGGAAGAUUUCCGCGCUUACAUGACCCUCGGCAAGCUGGCUUUCUUCACAUCAAUUUCACCAAGUGCGCUUUCUCCCUUCACGGCUCCUUGCUGUGAGUUGACGGGCCAGCGUGCUACCUAA